CAGUGCUGCUGCAUAUGAAAUGUUCAUACUGAGUCUCUCCGAUGAAAACAAUACACACAUAAAUGUCUCCAAGGUGCGAAUGAACUGCAUGCGCCUCAAAUAACGAGGAACUCAGUCGUGUGUGAGGGACAUGAGAGAAGAGUCCAGCUGCACUCACAACAACAGCCUGAUGGGAGAAGCAGAAUGUCAUCGUCUGUCUACCAGUUCGUCUGUGGGGAGUCACGAUCCACGGUCCGCAGACUGCUACUCGCUGUCCAGCACUGAGCCUUCAGAGGACGGCUUGUCGGUCAACGCCGUGUCCACCGUCUCGUCCGAGUCGUCCAUCGAGGGCAACAGCGGCUCGCCGACAGCACGGUCCGUGGGAGCUGAUAUUGACCUGGAGCUCAGUCCUCCAGAGCUGCUCGGCUUGGACUGGCCGGUUGGGGAACCAUCGGUCACGACUCCAGACCCUCCAUCGCCAUUCGCCACCGUCACCAUGGCGCCCAACCCUCAGCUCACAUACGUGGAUCGUGUCGUCAUGGAGAUUAUCGAGACGGAGAGAAUGUACGUCAGGGAUCUGCGCAGCAUCGUAGAGGAUUAUCUUGUCCACAUUAUUGACACCCGGGACCUUCCCAUCAAACCAGAGCAAGUGUGUUCACUUUUUGGGAAUAUUGAACACAUUUAUGAGUUCAACAGUGAGUUAUUACAGUCUUUAGACAUGUGUGCCAGUGAUCCUGUGGCCAUUGCACGCUGCUUUGUGGACAAGAGCGAGUAUUUCGAGAUCUACACGCAGUACUGUACAAACUACCCUAAUUCGGUGGCAGUGUUGACAGACUGUCUGAGGAAUAAAACUCUGGCCAAGUUCUUCAGGGAUCGGCAGGCGUCGCUCAAGCGCUCUCUUCCGUUGGGUUCUUACCUGCUCAAACCAGUUCAGAGGAUCCUCAAAUAUCACCUGCUGCUUCAGGAAAUUGCCAAACACUUCGACCCUGAGGAGGACGGGUACGAUGUGGUGAUCGAGGCCAUAGACAGCAUGACCGGAGUCGCCUGGUACAUCAACGACAUGAAGAGAAAACACGAGCACGCCGUGAGACUUCAGGAGAUCCAGUCUCUGCUCAUAAACUGGAAGGGUCCGGAUCUGACCACAUACGGCGAGCUAGUUCUGGAAGGAACGUUUCACGUCCACCGUGCCAAAAACGAGAGAACCCUCUUCCUGUUCGAUAACAUGCUGCUCAUCACCAAGAAACGAGUGGAACAUUACGUCUACAAGACUCACAUCUCGUGUUCCACACUGAUGCUGAUAGAAAGUGCCAAAGAUUCGCUGCGCUUCAGCGUGACGCAUUACAAGCACCCCAAGCAGCCGCACACGGUUCAGGCCAGAACGGUGGAAGAGAAGAAACUGUGGGCUCAUCACAUAAAGAGACUCAUUCUGGAGAACCAUCAUGCCGUUAUCCCGCAGAAAGCCAAAGAUGCCAUUCUGGACAUGGACUCGACAUGUCCAGUAAAGUACCGCUACAGCCCAGACAGGCUGAAGAAAGCAUCGUCCCGUCAGACGGAAGAUUUCUCUGCUGUGUUAAAGGAACGGAGACGCUCGGAACCGGCGAAACGAACUGUUAGAAGCACUAAAGGCACACUUAAGCAUGCAGACAGCGAAGGUACUUUAUUAGUGGAUAAAGACCGUCUUUCCAUACUGCCCUCUACCAACGUCACGACCGUGAGCUCAAACCCAGAACUCAAGACUGCGUUACCUGGAAUGAUUCAGAACGGACAAGAUCAUGAAUCCAGCACAGGCUCGUGGGAUGACGUCAAGGAUUGUAGACUUGAAGAGAAAGCAAAGAGCGCAGAGGACCGAAUAGGAGGAGAUAAUGAAGAGGAAGAUCUGAUGGGAGUCGAGCAGAAGAGAGAAGGUUGUUGGGAAAAUUGGCCAAUGAACAAAAGCAGCCAAACACCCACUAAAGAAAAGCAUGAUGAUACGAAUGAAAGUUUGUCUCUCUUUGGACAGAGCUCAACUGGAGAACGCAGUUCACAGAAGAUCUUCUCUCCCUUUAGCGAGUCAGAGGAGACAGGAGUGGACCAAUCAGAUAAUUAUCCCGAAAUGUGUGGUACAAUAAUGGCAGGAUGCCACACUGAUCCAGAGAUAGUACACCUCAAUAAUAGAGGACAAGAAAUCAGAGAUAAUAUGGAGGACUGUGUUGUAUUCCCAUCCCCUACUGGACUUGAAGUACAGGAAAAGGAAGGGACUCCAGCCAGCAGGAACCUCUCAGACGAUGUGCAGAACUUGGAGGUAGAUGUGGAUGUUGAAGCACCUGGUGGCCUCUUGUCUUCAUCCGUACUGGACAAGGCAAGCAAUAUCUCAGAGCGAUGUGCCAGCAGCCUCUCUCGAAGAAGUAGUCUAGGAGUCGAAGGGUCGUUUGACUUGGGCUGCCCAUCUUCUCGGUCGGAAAGUAGAAGAAGCAGUUUGCUCAGCAGUGGUGCUGAGUCUCAUGAGAAAGACAAAGGCCAAGAGUUUAGACGGUCCACUCCAGAAUCAAUUACAGAGACUGUUCCUGACAGCCCGUUCAUACCAGACCAAAGAUCUGAAAAGAAACAAGACACUCUUUCCAAAAAGGACCAAUUGCUCAUACAUAAGAUUCAGUGGUACUACAAACAUGCUGAGCACCAGGAUGCCAGCUUUGCUGUCAAGCGCAGAGAGAGCCUUUCAUACAUCCCUGCAGGCCUAGUCCGUAAUCUCAGCCAGCAACUCAAUGACCUUGCAGACGAAGAUUUGACAUUGCACAAGAGGGCGUCUUCUGUCACAAGGCCAACUUUAUGGUCUGUCUUUAAUCUUCCAGGCUUGGGGGAUGACAAGAAAGCAAUGGAUAGCUCUGAUUUUGGGGUCCCUGCAAAUGGCAAAGAGUCCAAGCUUAGAGAUCUAAGUGGGAAUGAGGAAUUCCAGCCUGCAUCUGACAUGGUUAAAGUGUGGCAAGACAUGGAAGUGGAGAUAACUGGGACUUUUGAACAACAUCAGGACUCAGAGAAUUCCCAAAUGACUGCACCUGGUGAAGAAAAGAAAGCAGAAACCAGUAAGGUGAGCUCGGAUAGUGGACUUGGGGAACCUCUAGUAAUAUUGGAAGAAUCUGAUGAAAGCUCUACCUCAUCCCCAAUCAACAACGUCUUAGAAAAGGACAAGAUGCAAGAUUUCCAGAGGCAUCCAAACGAGGAACACAAAUUACAAGAGCGGCACAAGGUCAACCACCCUCCUCUACCAGAGAUCAUCUCCUUAAGGUCCGCCAAUGAGGAUGAACUCAUCCUUCAAGAUAUGGAGAAGAUGAAAAAUAAGGUGUUCCAUUUGGCCAGGCAGUACAGUCAGCGUAUCAAAAACAACAGACCGGUAGUAAGGCAGAGGCCCAAGAUCUCGGAGAACCAUUUUGUUCCCAAGAACCUGUCUUCGGUGAUUGAGGAGAGACCUCCAGGAAAAGAGAAAGACUGUCCUAAAAAGAGUCAACAAAGUAUCUUUUACAUGUUGUUGAUGAAGAUGAUGAUGAUGAUGAUGAAGAUGAACUCCUCCCCUCCUGCUGAGCAGGUUUCAGGUUCUCAGUCUCUCGCUGAAGGUCUGACUCCGGACAGUUAUGGAGAAGCAGAGCGACUCAGACAGCUAGAGACACACGACUAA